AUGGACUCCUCCUCUACCCCCGUCGACAGCUCCAUCCCCUCCGAGGUGAAAGAGUCACUGAACCGCGAGAUCUCGGAGAACGUGAAAGCCAACACCACCGAAGCCUCGCCGUCGGAUCCUCCCGCACCUACGAAGAAGAAGGAAAAGGCACCGAAACAACCCAAGCAACCGAAAGCAGCACCGCCAUCAGCCCCCUUGAGUCCCGCCCUCCUCGAUCUCCGAGUCGGCCAUAUCCUACGGGCAAUUCGACAUCCCAAUGCCGACAGCUUGUACGUGUCGACCAUCGCAAUGGGCGAUCCUGAAGGCACAGAACAUACCCAGGUCGACGAGGAGACCGGCAAAGUCGUGCGGACUGUCUGUUCGGGGUUGAACGGACUGGUGCCGCUGGAAGAGAUGCAGGGCCGCAAAGUCAUUGUCGUUGCCAACCUGAAGCCCGUCAACAUGCGCAGCAUCAAGUCCGCGGCCAUGGUUCUUGCGGCCUCGCCUCAGGCUGAAGAAGGUGCCGACCCGCACGCCGCUGACAGGGUGGUCGAGCUCGUCAGUCCGCCUGAAGGUGCUGAGGCGGGUGAUCCUGUCUUCUUCGAGGGCUGGCCGUACGGGGAUGGCCGUGGGCCUGAGAAACAGCUCAACCCGAAGAAGAAGCAGUGGGAGGCAAUUCAGCCGGGUUUCUACACGACUGAAGAGUUGGUGGUGGCUUUUGACGCCUCCAAGACCGAGGUUGCUGGCGAGGAAAAGGGUGAUCUUAUUGUGGAGGGCAAGGGCAGAUGUACAGUCAAGACUUUGAAGGGGGCAGUGGUGAGGUAA